AUGCGCUUCCCAACCCUCGCCACCCUCCUCACCCUCUCCCUCACCACCUUCGCCUCCGCCUCUAACCUCGGAAUCGAAGUCACCCACUCGGUUGAAUGCACCCGCAAGACCCAAAUCGGAGAUACAGUGUCCAUGCACUACCGGGGCAAGCUCGCGUCGGAUGGAUCCGAGUUCGAUGCUAGUUAUAACCGCGGCACUCCGUUGAAGUUUAAGUUGGGGGCUGGGAGGGUUAUUAAGGGAUGGGACCAAGGUCUCCAGGACAUGUGCAUUGGAGAGAAGCGCACGUUGACGAUUCCGCCUGAACUGGGAUACGGGGACCGGGGCAUUGGACCGAUUCCUGGCGGUGCGACGUUGAUCUUUGAGACAGAGUUGGUGGGUAUUCAGGGGGUAAAGAAGGAUGAGUUGUAA